ACUCUCGGUGCCUGAGAGGACGCAUGCAGCUGGAGCUAGAGUCCCAGUCGGCGUCUCCUGGAGCUGAACCGAACCAUCCCGGCGGAGGCGUUUCGGUGUGUUCCUGCCUCCUCUUUGAAGCCUCCCUUCUGCGCGCGGCGAAGAGAGCAGCUGUCCCCCCGCGCUCGCGCCGCCGGCAGAGAGCCGCGUGCCAGAUGGAUGUGCGCUCUCUACUGCGUCGCAUCUCUCCAAGUGUGAAGACUCUUUCUGCCAACGUGUGUCCCUUUGCUUCUCAAACUUGGACUGCUGCCUCGGUUCGUGGCGAGAAAACGUCCAGGGCUCUCUCCCCUCCAGCUCUGCAGCUCUGCACCUCCGUCUCUGCUGACUAACAAGACCGUGAAAUGGAUUGUAUAGCUCAGUAGCCUACUAUUACUCAACUAUCAACAAACCAACUUUUCCUCUGCAGAUGUCCGUCAGGUCUGUGUGGAAGACGGUUCACUGGGAUUGACCAGGAGACGCUUAGACACAUUUCUUUGAUUUUUGGUCUAUUAUCUCACCUGGAGUAAUCUGACCAUAAAAAAAAACCAAUCCAAGAACCUGAUUGAAGACGUUACAGGAGCGGGCACGAUGCUCAGCUUUCUUGACUCUUGCGAGGGCUUGACGCACGCGGGGAGCGAAAUGAGACUGUGUACACUAUGUUGAAUCAUUCCUGAGGAACCGAGUCGCUUCUCUCCGCGGGGUGUUUGUGGAGCACGGCAGCCGGAGGAUGACGAGCGGGACCCGGGAGACGCCGGUGAACUCUUCCCCGGCGGUGGCGGCCAACGCAGAGGGCGAGGAGAUCGAGGUUUUGGAAAGCACCGACGUCCUGCCUGUGGCUCCAGAGGACUAUGACCCAGACAGCUCAGGCUUCAUCAGCACAGAGCGGUUCAGGGACCUGCUGGCGACCCACGGCUCGGAGCUCGACCCCCACAAGCUGGAAGUUCUGUUGGCUCUCGCCGACGGCAACGCAGACGGAAAGAUCUGCUACCAAGACUUUGUCAACCUGAUGAGCAACAAGCGUUCCAACAGUUUCCGGAGGGCGAUCCUUCAGGGCAGCAGGCAGCUGAAAGGCUGCAGCCUGAGAGAUGAGGUGGGCCUGGGUCUGCCCCAGAGGCUCGUCCGACAUGUCGCUUACGAGACGCUGCCCCGUGAGGUCGACCGCAAGUGGUACUUUGACAGCUACACCUACUGCCCACCUCCCUGGCUCAUCCUGGUCAUCACUAUUGCUGAGGUAGCCGUGUUCAUGUACUACGGGUUCCAGCUGGACCGCCUGGUCCUGCAGGUGUCCAGUCCGUCUUUCCUGAAGAGCCCCUUACCUUACCACCCUCAGCUGCGGGCCCAGGCCUGGAGAUACCUCAGCUACAUUUUCAUGCACACUGGGAUUGAACACCUGAGUCUGAACAUGGCCAUGCAGCUGCUGGUGGGAGUCCCUCUAGAAAUGGUUCACGGCGCCCUGAGGAUCGGACUGGUCUAUGUGUGUGGUGUGCUAGCAGGGUCACUGGCGGUGUCUGUCACCGAUAUGACGGCUCCCGUGGUCGGGUCAUCUGGAGGAGUCUACGCUCUGGUCUCUGCACAUUUGGCCAAUGUAGUAAUGAAUUGGUCGGGAAUGAAGUGUCAGUUUAAGUUAUUCCGGAUGGCCAUGGCUCUCGUCUGCAUGAGCGUAGAGUUCGGUCGGGCGGUGUGGCUGCGCUUCUACCCUCCGGCAUUCCCUCCUUGCCCCAACCCCAGCUUCGUAGCUCACCUGGGAGGGGUGGUGGUGGGUCUGACUCUGGGUGUUGUAGUCCUACAGAACUACGAGCAGCGGCUCCAGGAGCAGUCCCUGUUUUGGAUCUUCUUCAGUGUCUACACCCUGUUUGUGCUUUGCGCUGUGUUCUGGAACAUCUUUGCCUACAGCUUGCUUGACGUGCGGCUCCCUCCACCACCGUGACUUGAUAUUAGUCCACUGUCUGUAAAUCCUUGACUGCCUGCGUGGAUGAGCCUACUCAACCCUUUGUGUUCUGAGCCUCAUCGUGGGGGGGGGGGGGGGGGGGUCAGAGCCGUCUGAUGGGCUCCUGACAUGCAGCAGAUUUUUGUGGUCAGUCUCAUCAUAACCUCAGCCCUUCUGCUUCGUUCCUGCUAACAUCCUUCACCUGCUCUUUGUCUGGAUCUCUGUUGGACGUUUGUCUCAAGAGUGUCGGCCAGUGUGGGACAUAUGUUAACAUCACUGCGUUGACUAAUGAGAAGCCUCGGAGCUAACACAGUAUUGUCUACAUGGCUUAACCUUCUCUGCCUCUUCCUCCUCAAUCCAACAGUGCCUUCUCAUGGAGACGUCCGCCUGAUGAAAGUAUUUCUGCAAAGUUGCCUCUUUUGCUUACUCAGUGUAGUGAAACCCUGCAGUAUCACCACCGAUUUUAGGUCACAGAAGUACCUGGAAAUCCUGUAAUCUACCUGCAGCAUCAUCAUCAGUAUGAGGUAGAAGGUCAAGGCUUAGUCAGUGUUUUGUCAUCAUUACAAGCAGCUCAAAAGCAUAAGAGUGUAGAUUUGACAGACCGCAGCACAGCUAAACAUCUCUAAGGUCCACAACAUGGAGAGAACAGAGUAAAUAACAGCAACCCUUCAAAGGUUAUUAGAAAUGUACCUUUGGGGGAGAGUGUGGCUUAUGUAUUCAGUGCUGCCUUCAGGAUCUGGCACUUCCCCAGAGAAGGAUUUAUUUGAACCUUUAACUUGUGUCUUUGCCUUUUUUAUGUGUGCUUGUGUGCGUAAGGAAAGACACAAUUGUUACCAGUGUGUGUGUGUACGGAUUAGAAGAGAAGUACAAGUGCCAUUCAGACUUUAAGCUUUCUAAAAUGAUGCCAAAACAAAGGGAUGAGCACACCCCAGGACAGGAAUUGCUUUUGUGUAAGAGAAAAAUCUUAUAAUUUUCACAGGAUUAAGUUGAAUGUAACAAAUGAUGUUUGUGAUCUCUGAAGAAUCUUUCACUAACGCUCUUAAGUGAACCAAGAAAAUGCAGUCAAAUUGUUGUCAUUUUGUGUUCCCCUCGGCCAUUUACAGCGAUUUGUACAAUGACUGAAAAUAAGGAUGAAGUGUCAAUAUGUUUUAUUUAUGAAUUAAUCAGUUGAUGGAUUAAGGAAAGUGGGACUAAGCUAAUGAAAACAUAAACUACAUCUGGGGCAUUCUGAAUAAAACAAGUAUUUUUCUCAUUACCAAACGCAGAGGGGCACACAUGCCUGACCUCGACCACAUCGGGGCCGGGGGUUGUUUGCCUGUUAUUUGAGUCAGUGACGGGGCAGAGAGGUCAUAGUUCAUGUCGUAACUUUGAUUGUUAAUUGAUUGAAUCGGGAUAGAAAAACGACCCCAGCCUGAAGCUGUGAGUCUCUAACUGUACUGUACUUUAACCUCAUGUUACUCUGGUAACUGCUUCGCACAAACAUGAUUAAUAUAAUGUAAUUAUAUACAGAUUAAUAUUUUAACAUGCUUUGGCAGUGUGUUUUUUUUUUUUUUUUUACUCUGUGAGACCAGUAUGUUGUGCAAAGAGGUUUGUCAGUUUGUUGUGAAAUGUUAGUUGUAUCCUGUAUGUGUCCUAUUUAAAAAGAUGGUUUGGGAUUGUAUAUAUUAAGGGCUAUGACAUAAUAAAAACUGAGGGAGGGGUAAAUUGCUGGUAAUAUUUUAACAUUGUGCAUAUUUUGUAGAUUUGAUAUGUACAUACUGGAGUACAUUAAACAGUUUUAUAUAGAACACAAAA